CGGAGAGCGCUCCACAUUGUUGACAUCCCCAAGCCAGCUGAACCCCCAGCCACCGGACUUGUUGCGACACACCUCGCAGCCGGCUUCAGGUCCUCCCCCACUCAGCCGCUGUUGAAGAACCACUUCGUUUGUACUUGUAUGCAAAACACGGCGUCUUGCAGCUCUCUACCGUGACCAGGAUUGGGCAUCAUCACAAUCCGCCGUCUUCAGCUGGGCAGAUUGCUAUAGCACUGGCAAGCGAUGCUACGCUCCUCCGUCUAAAUGUCGCCUCCCUACGACAAUCGGGGCUCCUCCCGCUCGCGGCGAGGCGUCUGGAGCCAUUGGGUGCCUCUUGCUGUCACCCUCACCGUCGCCACGGCUGGUCUCGCCGCCUGGGUCUGGAGCCAGCGCAAGGAGAGUCCCGAAGACCACACCACGGAGCCGGAUCCCGGCUUGGACUAUGAGAAUGCAGACUAUGGAGAGAAUCCAGCAUAUGGUGCUUCGACGGAGAGGCGCAGAAUGGCGCCGCCGUCGGAUCAGGACCGUCAACGCGACCAGAGCUAUGCGACUGGAUCCGAGGCGGCAGAAGGCAAUGCAGCAGGAUGGGGGUCGCGAGUGAGCAGCGCGUUCACAUCAAACCCUGGAAAGACUGUUGCUGCUGGUGUCGCUGCGGCUGGCGCUGCCGUUGGCAAGGCGCUGGCUUCGAUCCGUGAGGAAGACAAAGCUGAACAUGAUUCGAACGCCUGGCCCGAAGAGAGAGAAGUGCGAAGAGAAAAGGGUCCGGCACCUCCUCAGUCUAUUCAUAAGAAACGCAAGACGGUUGCCAUUGUCAUUUCUGCCGAUUCCCAAUUUACAGACGACGACGACGACAUUGCUCAUGAACAUGCUUCUAUUCUAAACCACAUUCCUCGCCACAAUGACCUGUCUGCCAUCAAGCUCUUCGUGCUCAUCUACGCUCCUAGCUUGAAGGAUAGCACGGUUGAUGCCACUACGAGUAAUCGCCCGCCUCCUUCGGUUAGCUCGUCAUUCUCUAACGUUGGAUAUGAUCAAGCUCAAACACCCGAGGCAAAGAGCCCUGUCCUUGGCGCUACCCCGGAGAACACUCUGUUCAACGCCGUUUACUCAGAAGCACUGGCCCUUGUUGAUAAGGAAACCAUGAUUCUUCCGUUUACCACGCCCAAUGGCCACACUCAUGUCCUUCGCCACCUGCAGCCUGACAUCAUCUACCUCCAGGAGUCUCUCUCUGGUGACAACGGCAGCUAUAUCACCAACAUUCAAACGUGGCUUCGUCACGACAUCAUCUUGGUUGUAGGCGCCGAAGACGGAUCCGGUGGUCUUGCCGAUAGCGAAUCUGAGACUGAGAGAGCUGAUAAGCCCGAGAAGUGGUGGCAGCGCCCCGAACGCGUUGGUCGUGGACGAGGCAUCGUUGUUGUCGAUAGCGUGCGCGUGAAUGAUGAUUGGACACGCAGAGUUCAAGGUCGUGAGUAAAGCAGGCGUGCGAGUUAUGUUUGAUGGUAUGUAUCAGGAUAUUUAAUGAAAUGGAAUGUACCAGGGAUGCUGGUUGUGUAGAUUUGUAUAUACCAUUACCGAUUAUUUGAUUGCUUUAUUUAUUAGUGCUUUAUAUAUUAAAACUUACUUUACAACG